UUCAGUCGAUGGCGAACUUAGGAUGAUCUGACAUCUCAUACAGAGUGACGAAUUUACCUUACCAAUAAAGCAGCCGUAAUAUUCGGUGAAAUAGGAAAUCGAGAAUUUCCUUUCGAUUGGUGAAAAGUUUCAUGAUCUGAUGUUUCGAUAUAUCAACGCGAUUCGUAAAGCUUCGAUAGGAUAUGCAAUUGAUUCAAUGGAUUUUCCAUGACGACGUUAAAAGUCCGUGCACAAUCGAAUAAUUAUAAAUUAAUAGUAAAGUGGGAUUCUGUCUUUUUUUUUUCACGUACCCUCGUUUGCUUGUGAUUUUACGAAUAAUAUGUCACAGUGUAAACUUUGACAUGGCAGCCGAUCUCUGCCUCAUCGGAUCUAUCAAGUCAGCGACUGACAGAAAUAUCGCGUUUGCUGAACUACGUAGGUGAAAACGAGCAUCGAACAACUUGGUACAGGACUAUUUUUAGCCGACAGGAUGGGGUUACCCCUUGAUAGUAGCUAAAAAUAGGGAGUAAGGCCAAUCCAGGCCCAAUUAUUCCAUUUAGGUAUUUAGGUGACAAUCGACCGACCGUCAAUUUAGAAAUAUUCCACACGCUUAGUCAGGCACUCUGAGCAACGGUGCAGUACAUCGAAUGUAAUCUGCAUACGCAGUACAAAAAUCCAUAAAGGUGGUCAACAACAUGCGCCAACGUAAGACGGGGGCGUUGAGCGCCGCGACUACCGGCGCUCCGGAGGAGGAGCAGCUGAAGUUUCAAGACAGCAGAUUUCUGACAACUUUGGUACUCGGCAGAAGUAGGAAAAUUUCGCCCGACGUGUUGCCAUCGUGUUCGCCAGGAAUCUUUCGGCAGAAAUCGUUUCGCUCGGCGACGACGCGGCCGACGAACAGCGAGUGGACAUCGUCCUUAAAGAAGGAUAAAGAGCGCGGACGCGUCGCGACGUCGAAUCAAGAGAAUCGGCCAAGAGAAAAUUCACAUACGAAGAGUGGUGGAGUACCGGGUCCUCGGGGCACCAGAGUCACCAGCAAACACUCGCGUCUCGGCACGGUACUGGCCAACAAAAUGGCGUCUGCGAGCUCCACUGCGGUCGUACAGGGCUGGCCUAACACCAAAGACGACUACGAACUCAAAGAAGUUAUCGGUGUCGGCGCAACUGCAGUAGUCCACGCCGCUUUCUGCAUUCCCCGCCAAGAAAAAUGUGCGAUCAAACGAAUCAAUCUGGAAAAAUGGAAUACGAGUAUGGACGAGUUAUUGAAAGAAAUUCAGGCAAUGUCGUCUUGCAAUCACGAAAACGUAGUAACGUACUACACGUCCUUCGUGGUGAAAGAAGAGCUCUGGCUCGUCCUAAGAUUACUGGAAGGUGGAUCUUUACUCGACAUAAUCAAACAUAAAACCAGAACCACUAAUUGCAAACACGGUGUGUUUGAUGAACCUACAAUAGCAACGGUACUUCGGGAGGUACUCAAGGGUCUUGAGUAUUUUCACAGUAAUGGACAAAUACACAGGGACAUAAAAGCUGGUAAUAUUCUCCUGGGGGAGGAUGGGACCGUCCAAAUCGCUGAUUUCGGCGUAAGCGCUUGGCUGGCAACGGGUCGAGAUCUGAGUAGACAAAAAGUGAGGCACACCUUUGUCGGCACGCCGUGUUGGAUGGCACCUGAGGUCAUGGAGCAGGUGAGAGAGGAUCAUGGCUACGACUUCAAAGCCGAUAUUUGGUCUUUGGGAAUUACUGCUAUUGAAAUGGCAAGUGGUACAGCACCUUACCACAAAUAUCCACCGAUGAAAGUGUUAAUGCUGACAUUGCAAAAUGAUCCUCCGACCUUGGACACGGCUGCAGAUGACAAAGAUCAGUACAAAGCUUAUGGUAAAACGUUUCGCAAGAUGAUCGUAGACUGUUUGCAAAAGGAUCCAACAAAAAGACCGACGGCUACGGAACUAUUGAAACAUCCUUUCUUCAAAAAGGCUAAGGAUAAGAAGUACUUGCAGCAAACUCUGGUCGCCAUCGGACCCAGCCUCGAGACUCGAGUACAAAAAGCCUCAAAAAGACAGCCUGGCACAUCCGGCCGUUUGCACAGGACAGUGACGGGUGAGUGGGUGUGGUCAUCAGAAGAAGAAGAUAGUGGUGCUUCGAGUGGCGAAGAGGGUAAAGAGACCCUUCCGGUUAAUACUAUCGACAAUGGAAGCAGCGAUGAGGAGGUUCCUGAACCUGAAGAAUAUUAUGGUCAGGUUAAGUCUGCGCAAAGUCGUGUUGCCAUACCAACCGCAGAACAAAACGUUCCCAUCAAUCUUGUACUCAGAUUGCGCAAUCAAAAACGUGAACUUAACGAUAUUCGAUUCGAAUUCGCGGUGGGUGUCGAUUCCGUGGAAGGAAUCGCUGCUGAACUGGUAGGAGCGGGUCUUGUUGAUGCAAGAGACAUUGUUGUAAUUGCAGCAAAUUUACAAAAACUUAUUGACAGUGCCGGCCAGUUACGGACAGUCACAUUUUCCCUGAAUUCGGGAUAUGCUGCUAACGAGGUACCGGAUGACAAGGCGUUAAUCGGAUUUGCUCAGAUCUCUAUAACCGAUUAAAUAUUUCGCAAGUGUUCUGAAAUCUCAGGAUAACAUUCUUAAUCAAUGCUAUUUGCGGAAAAACGCAAAAUUGCCAGAAGCUUUAAUCUUAGUGUCAUGAUAAUAAUGGCGAGUACGAUAUCAAUAUCGAAGAAUAGCCGUCGUGGCUAGAUGGAAAGUAGAAUUUACUUGGAACAAUCAGAGAAAAAGACAGCUUCGAAAAUUAAGUUGCGCGACAUUGCGUACAGCUUUCCGUCUUUCCUUUUCUUUUGGUGUUCUAUUCAUAAGCCGCCACGAAAUCUUCAUUGCAAAACGUAAAAUAAUCCAAGACUCACGUUUUUCUAUAUUCCGUUAAUCACGGAACGCUCAGAAGUUAAUCUAAUCUAGCCAUUGCCAGAGAUAUGACUAUGAACUGUAUGCAGAUAUACGAAAAAGAAAUCUGAAAAAUGUAGAUUAUCAUCUUGUACUGGCUUAAGUCGUUUAGACAUACAUUAAGGUAUAACGAUCGUAGCUUCAUAUAAUCAAUUUGUAACGUUCGUGUUAUGUUAAUUUAUGUAAAUAUUAGUAAUUUAGUGAAACAUUAAGCUUCUUUUUGAAGAUUGAGGGUCGAGAGAAGGGAAAGCGAAGAAAUAUCUUAACGAAACUAAUUUUCGAAUUGAUUGAACGAAAGAAUGGUGAUUUCUGAUAAAGGUGCUUCGGGCAUCUUAUUUACUUAUUUGAGAUUUACCUGGUUUGCUUUACGUGCCGGAUAUUCUGUCGAAUAAGUUAGGUACAUUAUAUAUAUGGGGUCUUAUAAAGUCACCAGUUUUCGUGGUACAAAAUACAAAUUACUGAAAUAUAUCUUUCGUGCUUCGUACCUUAGGACAUAGGAGACACAAGAGUACUAAAAUUGUUUUGUACUUAAUCAAAUAGAAUUAUAAUAGUGUAACCAUAUUUUCAUGGCUUUUAGAUGUAGUUGUUCUAGAACUUAAACUUUCCACUCGCCUUGCAAUCAAUUUUAGGAAGUAAAAUAACGAGUGCUACUGUGGAAUCACUAAUCAUUGGAGAAUCACACAGAACCAAGAAUUAUUAUCAAAUUCAAAAAGUCAAUACUAGAGUAUUUGUACUGUUGCGUAUCCUGACAAUACGUCUCUUCGCUUCAAUAACAAGUGUUCAGUAGUACCAGUCGAAUUGAAUUCACAUGGAGAUAAAGUCACCGGGUUAAAUUUAUUUUCACAAUAUUCUCGUAAUGCGAGUCAGUGAUUCGCGUAUCACUUACUAUAAUAGGCAAUUGCCUGCACAGUGUACGCUAAAUGACCCUAAAUUGAAUGAGUUCAUUCAGAAAGGCUUACAGCUUAUUAGUUUAAUACAACAGUCGAUGCAGCAUAGCAACAAUUAUAUUGUAAACAAUAGAGAUACUAGUUUUCUUUUUGCUCUACGUCUUCACUGAUUCUUUGUUUUUGUAUGCAUUCAAUAAGCAGCCAAGUGAAAAUUCAUUAGAGGGAUCAUUCAUUUAUGAAUUUAUUUGUAAAUACAUGCCGUUUGCGUUUUGAACUUCGAAAACCAGAGGAACAGUUUCUCGAUUUAAUGAAUAAAUGCCAGAUGAACGUCCUAUCGUGAUUCGAUUAUUGCGGAAUGGCCUGCGUGGUAUUGCAAAGUGCAUUGAAAGGAUAAACUGAAAUGAUAAUAAUAAUUGUCUUAAUAGUCCAACUAGCUGUAAAAGAUUUAGCUAGUUACGUCUGAGAUGGCACUAUCCUGUAGCACGUAGAUUUCCUAUACUAUAGACGUUUUUUAAUACUUGAACCAAAUUUUUACCCAUUAUUUUAGUCUGAUUACGUCACGAUAAUGUAUGUGCCUUAUCCUGAUACAAUAUCGGCGUUUCCUUACCACUCUAGAUAUUGAUUUCUCGUUGAAUGUCAAUCGCAAGGGACUCGUUGAUGUCCCUAAUCAAUAAUGAGAAUAAAAACGGAAAAAGAGUAAUUCAAGAAGAUACGAUUAUCAUAUGAAAUAACAUCACUAGUGCCGUGCGAUUAAAGUGCGCGUUCCAUCUAGGUGUUAUCUAUGUACCGAAAACAUAAUUUAUUUGUAUUAAUAUCAAACAAUAUUUAGCAACAACGUUAUUGUGCUUUAUUCCAUAACAUUGCGAUGGCCAACUUAAAAUUUUAGCGAGUACGUAUAUAAAGAAUAUAUGAUUUGGCAACAAACGGAAGUGCACGACUUACUUAAUUUUUAUUUCAAUUCUAUUAUGUAGCGAGACAUAUAUAUAUAUACAUAGUUCUAUUUAUAUAUAUAAUAUAUAUAUCGCGCGAGCAAGCGAAAAGCCUUGCUUUUAUUAUCAAUCAAUAUUAUUGCAAUAAAGCGUUACUCUUUGUAUAUUAUACGCUCGAUUUUUAUAAACGGACGCGAUUUCACGUCGGAAACGUUUCUUCGUAUUUUCUCGGGAUUACACUGCAUCUGGAUAAAUAAUUCCUUGCCUCUCAUUCCCCCUGUACAUUUAUCGCAAAUGGCAGUAAUUUUUCCAGGGAUUGUGUGUGAAUAUAAAAAAAAAUUAUUGCAAUUAUAAGUCCCGUGACAAGUCCCGUAUAAACAAUCAUACACUGACAUUUUACUUUGAUUAUUCGAUUAGUCUUUGCUUGAGAUUAUUUUACGUUUAAUAAAGUAUCUGUUUCGAGGUUUUAUACAAGCAAUAGAGCUUUCUUUAUUGAAUGACAAUGUUAUAUUAUUACUUACGAUAGAAAGGGCAAUGUCUGUCAUCUGUCAAAGCCAACUUCAUAGAGAACAGUAAUAAAUUUAACUAUUUGAACCUGUAACGUUUAUCGGUAGUGCAAUUUCGUACGCUCCUUAUGAGUGUGCGAAAUGGAAUGUAGGGAAGUGCUCGGGGCUGGCGCUUUUAAAGAAUUUAGGCGACACAGGAUUAUAUGAUAAAAUAAAAUAACAAGUUUUCAUUGAA